UAUUCAUCAAGCCACUGAGUCUUAAAGAGCCCUAUCCUGACCAUGGAAAGAGUCAUUCCUCUCUCUCGCUCUCUCACGCUCUCUGCAUCUUAGCGCUCAUCCACCGCUGCCUGCGCUCCUCUCGAUCUCGCUGUCUCUCGCCCCCCUCUACCUCUUUCUCCCACUCCCCUCUCUCGAUCUCUCAUAUACACACAGGCACACACAUACACGCACAACCAUAGACACAGACACAAACACUCUUCAACUCUCUUACGCACACACUCUCGAACACAGUCAGAUACAGCAUACCUGUGCAGGCUGGGGGAAGCAGUUCUGGAGGGGCUUUUCACCGUUCUCUCUGAGGGUGCUCUGCUGUCAUUUUGGGGGAGAAGCAGGUCUCAAUUGUUUCCUAUUUCCUCUUCCUCUUCUCAUUCCUGGAAUGCUAAAACUGGACUGAUGGACAUUUCAGAACUUUGUCUGCCAGACCCUCUCAGCUAUCAUAACCAAUGCUAUCGCAGGGUAGAGGUAGUGGCGGGUAACCAAAGCAGUCCUGCACAGACACCAUCCAGAUGGGAUCAGCUUACGGUAAUUUGGUUUCAGAAUACAUUACCAGAAGAGGCUCCUGGCCGAGAACGGCCACCCCGCUAAGAGCCAGGAGUCUGUGGUCGCUGUGGCCACUGCAGACAGCCAGCUCCAGCCGGCCCAGGGCUUCGUUGUCCAAUUCAUUAGGGCGAUUACUCAGUCCACUGGCCACACUGGAGCCCUCACAUUUCUGGCUGCUGAAUAGAAUGGCUGUUGAUGACCGGCACCUUCCCUCCAGCUGCGGGUCCUACAUCAAGACAGAGCCGUCCAGCCCCUCCUCGGUCAUCGACACGGUCAGCCACCACAGCCCAAGCGGCAACUCGGAUGCCAGCGGCGGCUAUGUCAGCGCCAUGAACAGCCACUCCAACGGCCUGGACUCUCCCCCCAUGUUUACGCCCGGCGGGCUGGGCGCCGGCCCCUGCCGCAAGCGCUACGAUGACUGCUCCAGCACCAUCAUGGAGGACUCACCCAUUAAGUGCGAAUACAUGUUGAACUCCAUCCCCAAGAGGCUGUGCCUGGUCUGUGGAGAUAUAGCCUCUGGGUAUCACUAUGGCGUGGCCUCUUGUGAGGCCUGCAAAGCCUUCUUUAAAAGGACGAUACAAGGCAACAUAGAAUACAGCUGUCCCGCCACAAACGAGUGUGAGAUCACAAAACGGAGACGCAAGUCAUGUCAAGCCUGCCGCUUUAUGAAGUGUCUCAAAGUGGGGAUGCUCAAGGAAGGUGUGCGUCUGGACCGUGUGCGAGGGGGAAGACAGAAGUACAAGAGGAGGAUGGAUGCGGAGAACACAGCGUACCUGGGCCUCACACUCCCCCCUCCUGCUAAAAACCCCGUGAGUAGUAUAGUGUCCCACCUGCUGGUGGCCGAGCCAGAGAAGAUCUACGCCAUGCCUGACCCCACCAUGCCUGAGAGUGACAUCAAGGCCCUGACCACGCUGUGUGACCUGGCUGACCGGGAGCUGGUGGUCAUCAUUGGCUGGGCCAAGCAUAUCCCAGGCUUCUCCACGCUGUCGCUGGGAGACCAGAUGAGUCUACUGCAGAGUGCCUGGAUGGAGAUCCUGAUCCUGAGCAUUGUGUUCCGCUCGCUGCCCUACGAGGACGAGCUGGUGUAUGCAGAGGACUACAUCAUGGACGAAGAACACUCGCGGCUCACGGGCCUGCUCGACCUCUACGUGUCCAUCCUGCAGCUCGUACGCAAGUACAAGAAGCUGAAGGUGGAGAAGGAGGAGUUUGUCACCCUCAAGGCCAUCGCUCUCGCCAACUCAGACUCCAUGCAUAUAGAGGACGUGGAGGCGGUGCAGAAGCUCCAGGAUGCGCUCCAUGAGGCCCUGCAGGACUAUGAGAGCAGCCAGCAUCAGGAGGACCCCCGGCGGGCAGGCAAGCUGCUCAUGACCCUGCCCCUGCUGCGUCAGACCGCCACCAAGGCCGUGCAGCACUUUUACAGCAUCAAGGUGCAGGGCAAGGUGCCCAUGCACAAACUCUUCCUGGAGAUGCUGGAGGCCAAGGUCUGAUGGAGGAGCAGGUGAUGCAGACAGAAGGACAUGGACAGAGGGGACUCAGGACAGGAGAGGAACACCCUGCUGACUGUGACAGGAGACAGACUGACCUCUCUUGCGCUCUCGCCCCCUCGAACCCAAGACAUUUAAAAAAAUAAUUAAAAUAAAGAAGAACAAAUGCAAAACUUGGUUAAAAAUAUAAAUAUAAAAUGAUGCAGAUUAAUUUAAAAUAUAUAAGAAAUACUAUGUACAGUAAUAAUUUUGUUUUGUUUAUGGUCUGUGGUCAUACUGUAUGUGAAGGAUCUCCCCCUCUCUCUAUAUCUUUAAUUGCAGGCUCUUAAUUAACAUGGUUUUAUUUCUAGUCAGAAUCUGCAGUUGAGGUCUCCAUAUGUGUUCUGAUGACAACACACGUCAACCACUAUGACUCACUUGUUAGACAGUUGUUUCACCUCCUGGACUUGACCAGGACAUGUAUAUAUUUAUUAAUAAUGAUUGACUGAGUGUACAGUUAUGUCUGGUGAAGCCAACGGCCAUUUUCUCUCUUUCUCCUUCUUUGGAAAAAAAUGAAAAGAAAGAAAGAACAGAAAGUGUUACCUAAAUGUGAGCUCUACUGAUCUAAAUGUCCUUGAAUAUACCUCUUCAGAGCAGUGAGCUGUGUGAUGUCGAUUGGUCUCAGACAGGAAGAAGAUAAACUGGUCACAUGACAUGUUUAACCAAACUAGCGUAGCCAGGUAGUCAGUCGUCUUAUUCUGUAGUAACUCAGCAAUAAAGGGAGCCGUGCCGUGGACAAGUCAUGUUAAACCUCCUAUAUCAUCUGCUUCACUACGCUGCUGUCUCUGUCUGUCUGUCUCUGUCUGUCUGUCUGUCUGUCUGUCUGUCUGUCUGUCUGUCUGUCUGUCUGUCUGUCUGUCUGUCUGUCUGUCUGUCUGUCUGUCUGUCUGUCUGUCUGUCUGUCUGUCUGUCUGUCUGUCUGUCUGUCGCUAGAAGACCAUGCCCUCCCAUGUGUGUGUGAGUGUGUGUCCUGGCAAUGGAUGCACCACUCGCCUGUUGCACUGUAGUGUUUCUCCUCUGUAAACCCCACAUUUGGUGAUUGUGCAAGCCGAUGGAAAUUGCCUCUUGGCAACUGAGCAAAUGACCUGAUUUGGGCAUGGUGAAACAUGAUGAGUGGGUUUGGGGCGGGGGUAUCAAAGGAUUUCUGCCGACUGGCAGAAGUCCAGAAGAUUCCAUGUUCAAACAAUCAGAGGCCCAUGUGUCAAAUGCUCUAUUUUGGGUCCUUUAAGACCGUGGCAGAGUCCUCCCACACACAGGGAGCAAAGUGUCCAGCAUCUGCUAACAGCAUUUUAAAAGCUGCCUGUCUUUUUAUAGCUGGGACUGUCUUUAUGGAGCUACAGCCAAACUGAGGUGAAUGGCAGGUGCAGUGCAGUGAUGUGUUGGUAGCUAGCGUUUCACGCUGACUGGGGGUAUUUUUAACAAAGAAGGAGGUUAUUGCCAUAGCUGCCUGCCUGCUCUCUACUGUGCAGCUCUGCCUCCCUCCAGGAGUACAGUAGACACGUGGAACGCUGCUUGACCCCAUGUUGACACAGUAGCUGUGGUGUAACACCUCUCAACAGACCAGGAGACAGACAGGCAUCCUUAAAGACAGCAAAUCACUCCCCAAGGUGCUCCUCUUGUGAGAAGCCAUGCAGGCUACAAAGUGUCAGCAUGUUUCAAAGGGUAGCACCAGUCCCAUGGUGUGUCUGUACAAGGUGUGAUCUCUGUGGGAAAGUGACGAGAGGGCCUCCAUGCUCCCAGUGUGUAGGUAGGUCGACCUCCAUGGUGCAUGCUGGGACCUGUAGUUCAGUACUGUAGACUCAUGCUGUUCUUGUUCUGCAUGGGAGAGAAUGUGAUGGGAGGGGGAUGAUAAUACUACUGACGUGAUUAAUGUGAUGCGAUACAUGUUGGUGCUGUCACAAUACGAAACUGUGAUCAAAGGAAUCCCUGACAUUGGAAACGGGAUGGUUGCUACUCUGCUUGUGAUAUCAUUGACCAGUGUUAAUCCUGCAGCACCCUAUUUUACUGCAGCCUGAUUGGUCACUUAAUGGAGGAUGACUACACACCCCAACACCUAAUAAUCCCAACUUGAACUAGCCGCUGUCUACUUAACAGGCUCCACUUUAGAGGGUGACCAUGUAACUUGAACUAUUUUACUGUUGUGCAAUACAACGGGGACCAAUUCUGACUGAAACCAUGCUGUAAGCAUGCUUUUACCAAGAUUUUGGACAAUUGGAUUAAUAUUUCAAUAUUAUUAAAAAUUAUUCUUAUCAAAAAUAAAUAUCAGAACUAUAUUUUCUUUGCUCUGCUGUAAAAUACAAGUGUUUGUAUGGACAAGUACAGAUGAAACAGAUCAGACAGUUUAGCAGAAAAACUUUACAACAAGCUUUUUGUAGUGAUCCAAAAUUCACACCGAACACGAUGCAACGUAAACUCCAGGCACCUCCCUUCAAUGCUUUCAUUUGUAUUUAGGCUCCUCUAGAAUGCAAAAUAACAAGUCUUACAUUCAAACUGGGUCUAUACAGUGUAAUGUGUAUAUAUAUAUAUAUACAGUAUAUCAAUGCGAAUGGUUACUGGACAGUAUACAGUAGGUUGCCGAGUUACAGCAGUUCAAAAUAAAGUACAGCAUGCAGCAUCCUGCUGACUACUACCUCA